GCCAAAAGUUAAAAUAAUGAUCAAGCCAAGUAUCUUCCUUGUUGGAGCCUCUCUAUCUCAGCUCUUUUUCAUUCUCAUUUCCCAGACCAGUGGAUACAUCGUUGACAGCGAUGUUAACAUCAAGGUCAGGCCCUUCCAUCGGAGUCCAAUCAAGCAAGCAACUGCACCAACGGCAUUGCAGUUGCCAUCACCACAAAGAUCCAAGGCUGUUGCCCUGGAUCCAUCACAGUACAAUGCAGCACGAAUCAAACGAGGUCAACAGUUCUUUCAGGACAAUAUGGUUGUCAUUGCCAAUUCAUGGGCCCUAAUCAUUGUUGCAGGCUUUGCGGACACUGAAAUGGCUAGUGCCCUUCUUUCUACCAAAGCAACAGACACCGCAGAAAAGGCACAGCAGCGGUACCAUCGGACUUUCCGAGACUUGUUGUACUGGCACACUCAAGACUUGUUUGACCCCAGCUCUCCAGCUGUGAGGCAACUUCGGGCUGUCAAAUCAAUGCACAAUCGUGCCGCUGCUUCCAUUGCUGCCAAAGCCGACACCAAUUCCUCCAAGUGCCCCUUUUCAGCGGCAGCCCGCAACCUUGUCAAAUUGACUUGUCAUCACACUACUAGCACAAAAGGAUCAAACCGAGCAGCAUUCAUUCAGUCAGUCAUGGCAAGAACGCAAGCUUCUUUCGUUGCCAUGGCGGUCACAAAUCCAAAGGGUCUUGGAAUUCAUGACCAGGCUGGACUGGAAGACUUUGUUUAUUUGUGGUGGGCUCUUGGAAAGGAGCUGGGAAUAGAGGACAAAUACAAUGUGUGCUCCAGCCUUGCCACUGCCAAGAAGUUUGUUGCUGACGAGUACACAAUGAACAUAGCACCAGCAUUGGCAGCUUUGGCUCGGCAUCCCACUCAAAGUUUUGAAACCUUGGCAAAUGCAUAUUGUGAUGGCAUUGACUUGACCCCAGAAAAUGUCAAGGUUUUCACAGGACAUAGUCCUCAACAAGCUCUCUGGACGGUUGCACGUUUUUUCCCUGGAGGAUUCGAAAAGAAGUUUCCACUGACACCCUGGGAACAUGCCAAAACGGUCAUGGAGCUGGAUUCUUUUCGUAGAUUGGGGCGCAUGCCAGCUGCUGCUAGACGAUUGCUCAACAGGUCUGCAA